AUGUCCGACAAAGUCAAGGAGUUCAUCGAGAUUCCCCAGGAGUUUGUUCGGGACGGCAACCAGUUCCUCACUCGUUGCACGAAGCCUUCCCAGAAAGAGUUCGUCCAGAUUUGCAGGGCAGUUGCAAUUGGUUUUGCAGUCAUGGGUUUCAUUGGGUAUAUUGUAAAGCUGAUCCAUAUUCCUAUAAAUAACAUUCUUGUUGGAGGGGCAUAG